AUGAGCGGGCUAGAGAAAUCUCUCUUCCAACUCAAGUUCACCGCAAAAUCCCUCAACCGCCAAUCACGCAAAGCUACAAAGGAUGAAGGAGUAGAGAAGGCCAAGCUGAAGAAAGCUCUCGCGCAGGGAAACAACGAAGGGGCCCGCAUCUAUGCCUCCAACGCCAUCCGCAAGAACAAUGAGUCCCUCAACCUCCUCAGACUCGCAAGCAGGAUAGACGCCGUUGCGAGUAGGGUCGAAACGGCUGUGACUAUGCGUCAAGUGACGGGGAGUAUGGCCAGCGUAGUCAAGGGGAUGGACAAGGCGAUGCAGAGUAUGAAUUUGGAGCAGAUCUCCAUGGUGAUGGACAAGUUCGAGAACCAGUUCGAGGACUUGGACGUGCAGACUUCAACGAUGGAAGGCGUAAUGGGGUCCACCGUCGCCUCGUCCACACCUCAAGAUCAAGUGGACCUCCUCAUGGCCAAAGUGGCAGACGAGAACGGCAUCGAGUUGGGUCAGAAGAUGGACGAAGGCAAGUUGCCUAGCCUCGCUGCGCCUGCCGUUGAGGAGCCUGCGGUCAAGGAAUCGGGAGAUGAGGAUAAGCUCGCUCAGAGGUUGAGAGCGUUGAGACCUGCUACUUGAGCGGACUGGUCAGGGAGGGGAGGGGGUUUUGCUCUAGACUCAUCAUUGGUUCUUUGUAAAUGUAUGCGACGAUGACGAUGACAACGACGACGAUGACAGCGAAUGAGCGAGCUCGUGGGCAGAAUGGUACAUCCUUGCAUGUGC